AUGGCAGCUCCGGGCGGCAAAUCGGAGCCUCCGCAGCUCUCCGAAUACAGCUGCAGCUACGUGGUGUCGCGGCCGGUCUACAGCGAGCUCGCCUUCCAGCAACAGCACGAGCGGCGCCUGCGGGAGAGCAAGACGCUGCGGGAGAGACUGGCCAAGGGCUGCAGUUGUUCAAGAAAGAGAGCCGUUGGUGUGCUGAAAAGUCUCUUGCCCAUCUUGCAGUGGGUCCCCAAAUACCAAGUCAAGGAAUGGCUGCUUAGUGACAUCAUUUCGGGAGUUAGUACUGGGUUAGUGGGUACGCUGCAAGGGAUGGCGUAUGCCCUACUAGCUGCAGUUCCUGUUGGAUAUGGUCUCUACUCGGCUUUUUUCCCUAUCUUGACGUACUUUAUCUUUGGAACAUCAAGGCAUAUCUCAGUUGGACCUUUUCCAGUGGUCAGUUUAAUGGUGGGAUCUGUUGUUCUGAGCAUGGCCCCUGACGAAAACUUCAUGACAUCCAGCAGUAAUGAAACUGCACUAAACACUACUGUGGUAGACUCUGAGGCCAGAGAUGCAGCAAGAGUACUGAUCGCAAGCGCCCUGACUCUUUUGGUUGGAAUUCUACAGUUGAUAUUUGGAUGUUUGCGGAUUGGAUUCAUAGUGAGGUACUUGGCAGUUCCUUUGGUUGGUGGAUUCACAACAGCUGCUGCCUUUCAAGUGCUGGUCUCACAGUUAAGCAUUGUCCUCAACAUUUCAACCGAAAGUUACAAUGGAGUUCUCUCCAUUAUCUAUACCCUGAUUGAUAUUUUUAAAAAUAUUGGUAAUACCAAUCUUGCUGAUUUCAUUGCUGGAUUACUCACCAUUAUCGUCUGCAUGACAGUUAAGGAAUUAAAUGACCGAUUUAAACACAAAAUCCCAAUCCCUAUUCCUAUAGAAGUAAUUGUGACAAUAAUUGCUACUGCCAUUUCAUAUGGAGCCAACUUGGAAAAAAAUUACAAUGCUGGCAUUGUUAAAUCCAUCCCAAGAGGGUUUCUGCCUCCUGCUCUCCCACCGGUGAGCUUGUUUUCUGAGAUGCUGACGGCAUCAUUUUCCAUUGCCGUGGUGGCUUAUGCUAUUGCAGUGUCUGUAGGAAAAGUAUACGCCACCAAGUAUGAUUACAACAUCGAUGGUAAUCAGGAAUUCAUUGCCUUUGGGAUCAGCAACAUCUUCUCAGGAUUCUUCUCCUGUUUUGUGGCCACCACUGCCCUGUCUCGCACCGCUGUCCAGGAGAGCACUGGGGGAAAGACACAGAUUGCUGGCAUCAUCUCAGCUGCGAUUGUGAUGAUCGCCAUUGUUGCCCUAGGGAAGCUUCUGGAACCUUUGCAGAAGUCGGUCUUGGCAGCUGUUGUAAUCGCCAACCUGAAAGGGAUGUUUAUGCAGGUGUGCGACGUUCCUCGUCUGUGGAGGCAGAAUAAGACUGAUGCUGUUAUCUGGGUGUUUACAUGCAUAGCAUCCAUCAUUCUGGGGCUGGACCUUGGUUUAUUAGUUGGCCUUGUAUUUGGACUAUUGACUGUGGUCCUGAGAAUUCAGUUCCCUUCAUGGAAUCGCCUUGGAAGCAUCCCUAACACAGACAUCUACAAAAGUAUCAAGAAUUACAAAAAUAUUGAAGAACCUGAAGGGGUGAAGAUUCUUAGAUUUUCUAGUCCUCUCUUUUAUGGCAACAUUGAUGGUUUUAAAAAAUGUAUCAAGUCCACAGUUGGAUUUGAUGCCAUUAGAGUAUAUAAUAAAAGGCUAAAAGCAUUGAGGAAGAUACAGAAACUCAUCAAAAAAGGACAAUUAAGGGCAACAAAGAAUGGCAUCAUAAGUGAUGCUGGCUCAUCAAAUAAUGCUUUUGAGUUUGAUGAAGAUGUCGAAGAUCCAGAAGAACUUGAUAUCCCAACCAAGGAAAUAGAGAUUCAAGUGGAUUGGAACUCUGAACUUCCAGUCAAAGUGAAUGUUCCUAAAGUGCCCAUCCACAGCUUUGUGCUUGAUUGUGGAGCUAUAUCUUUCCUGGAUGUUGUUGGAGUGAGGUCAUUACGAAUGAUUGUCAAAGAAUUCCAAAGAAUUGAUGUAAACGUGUACUUUGCAUCACUUCAAGAUCAUGUGAUAGAAAAGCUGGAACAAUGUGGUUUCUUUGAUGAUAACAUUAAAACGGACAUACUCUUUUUGACUGUCCAUGAUGCUAUACUCUAUCUACAGAACCAGGUUAAAUCCCAAAAGGGUCAAGAUUCCAUUUUAGAAGCGAUCACCCGCAUUCAAGACUGUAAAGAUUCUCUUGAAUUAAUGGAAAAAGAGCUGACUGAAGACGAACUUGAUGUCCAGGAUGAGGCUAUGCGUAGACUUGCUUCCUGAAAGCAGGCUAAGGAGGUCACUAUGGGCAAGGACUGCAAAACAAAAUGUACUCAC